AUGACAGCUAUAUCACUUCUUUGGCCAGAAAUUGAACAAGAAGAACAUUGGAUAUUUGAGUCAUUAAUAAUUGUUGCAUAUAUUAUAGAUGCGACUUUCUUACUAGAAAUCUUAUUAAAUUUUAUCACAUUUGGUCUGGCGUAUUUCACAAAAGAACCACAUUGGCUUUUACAUAUAUUUGAUGCUUUUCUGGUUAUUACAACAUUUCUUUUAGAAAUAUUCUUACACGGAAAACAACGAGAAGUUGUAGGAUUAUUGAUCAUAUUUCGAUUUUGGAGAUUGAUUAAGGUGGUUGGUACUGUUGCCGUUGGUGUAGGUACAUAUGAAGAAGACAAAGAAAAAAAUUUAAUGAAUAAAAAUAAACAAUUGGAAAAGGAGUUGGAAAGGAUGGUAACAGUUGUGGGGGAAAUCGCUAAAGAAGAUCAUUGGAGCAAUGAGAGAAUGGAAAAGGUUUUUCAAGGAAGAGAUGUUAAAUAG